CUGAGCCAACAGCGUACCACUGGGCCUGUUUCAUUGUAUUCUGCUGUAUCUUGCACUGAAAGUAGAGUUAAUAACCAGAAUGGAGAACCACCAUGCUUCAGAGAUGGACGGAGUAGUUGCUGAGUAUCUGAACAUGUGCAUUGAGUCUAAACAUAAUGAUUUAUGCAAAAAGGAGAAGGACUCCAAGGACUCUGCAGAUGCAGACAGGCUGUGUAACAUUGAGAAAGCUUAUAGCACCGUACUGAGUGAGCUUGGAGAGGACGUCGACCGGGAGGGACUUCUACGCACACCACUACGUGCAGCCAAAGCCAUGCAGUUCCUAACCAAAGGCUACAAAGAAACAACCCAAGAUAUCUUGAACGAUGCAAUCUUUGAUGAAAACCAUGAUGAGAUGGUGAUUGUGAAGGACAUUGAUUUGUUCUCUCUCUGUGAACAUCACCUGGUGCCCUUCUUUGGCAAGGCUCAUAUAGCAUACCUCCCAAACAAGAAAGUAGUUGGCCUCAGCAAGCUUGCAAGAAUUGUUGAGAUCUACAGCAGGAGACUUCAAGUUCAGGAACGUCUAACCAAACAGAUUGCUUCAGCCAUCUCUGAGGCGUUGGAGCCUGCUGGAGUAGCAGUGGUGAUUGAGGCUGUCCACAUGUGCAUGGUAAUGAGAGGUGUGCAGAAGAUGAACGCCAGUACUGUUACAAGUGUCAUGCUGGGAAGCUUUCAUGAUGAUCCCAAGACCAGGAAGGAGUUUCUUGCCCUCACAAUGAGGAAGUGAACAGGAAGUUUUUACCUCAACAAACAGAUCAACAGAGGGAGUUGUACAGUGUUUUAACCACUUGCAUGCUUUUUCUCCAUGUGUAUCUAUCAGUUGUAUUUUAAGCCAACUGCUGUGGUUGAUGGUGUCCUUACUUUCGCUGAUAUCUUUGUUUAAUCAUGUGACAGUUAAUAUAUCAGACACAAACAAUGUUCCACCAAAAGCCCACUGGAAUGUAAAAUUAUCAACUGAUGUAAUAUGGUAAUAUUUAAUUAAUGUAAUGACUACGUACGAUAUGUAAUCUGCAUUUUGUGUUGAACAGAGCACAACUGGAGGAUACUGUUUCCCUGCUUCUUUAUUCUAUACCUCAGUAUCUUGAAGCCAGUCCAAACAUUGGUUUGGGCUCUUUGUUGAUUUCUGCAUGUCCUUUAACAUUAGCUUUUCAUUUUACAAUUAAAAUAAAAGACAAAUAACUCAAGAA